AUGUUUAAGUCCAAGCUGAUGGAAACACUCAUAUGGCUCUACCUCUCGUUCACCUUCCUGCCAAUGGUAACGGGACAAGAAAAUUGCCCAAAAGUUGACGAAAUCCUCCCUUGCGCUUGCUUCAGCCAAGAAAACGGCCUCGGGUUUGACGAAACAGACGUGGACUGUUCGAAGGCUCGGACGAGCGAUGAGAUCUCUUCCGCCUUCAAGAGAGCCUCCUGGCCAGCCACUGUCUUACGGGAAUUCAGACUUCAGCAUAACGUGAUGGUGAAGGAACUCCCUGAAGGAGUCGUAGGGAAUGUCUCCUUCCAAUACAUUCGAGUGAAGAACACCGCUAUCGAAACAGUCCAUCCAUCUGCCAUUCUGCCAUCGAAAAAUCGACUUAUAGAGCUGGAAAUUCAGCACAGCCGCCUGAGGGAGUUUCCAUUCGAGAUUCUUUCUGAAUUGUUAUCUCUAUCUACACUCCACCUUUGGAACAAUACUUUGACCUCCAUCCCCGCUCUUCAGAGCAACAGUCUCAGGGUACUAUACCUCCCAUUCAAUAACAUCGUGAAGGUGGAGGAGAAUGGGUGGAAUACUCCUAAUUUGAGGACAUUUGACAUCGCUGUGAAUCCCUCCAUGAAGUUUCCCUCCGGAGUGCUGAAGGGCAUGAAAAAGCUGGAGCUCCUUUGGUGUCCUAGAUCCAAUCUUGGCCCCUCGCUUUCAGCCGGAAUGUUUCAAUUCCACAGCAAGACUUUAAAGACGGUUGGACUCGGUGAGAACUACGUAGGAAGACUGGAGCCAGGCGCCAUCACGGGGGUCGCGUCGGACACGGAAGUGUUUCUAGAUGGAAACAAGAUAUCUGAAUUAUCCGAGGAAGUCUUUAGACCACUUCUGGAAGUUCUUUCGAAGGGAAAGGGAUUCCUCAGUGUUAGAGGCGAUGAGAGCGGGUGUGGAAGACUACUUGACAUUAAUCAUGGAUUUUUCAAGGUAUCAUGUGGCAUGCCACUUGAAGAACUCCGUGAUAGCAACAGCUCUAAGUGUGUAAAAAACGGAAGAUACACGAUUGGAAGCGAAGUACGAUAUUCAUGCGAUCGAUUUUAUAAGCUGGAAGGACCACCGAUUCGGACUUGUACCGAGAAAGGACAAUGGAGUGGAAAUCAGCCGUUCUGUGAACCGGAGUGCGGGAGGCAGGUGCUGCAAGUGUCGUUGUCAAGCGGUGGAAAGCCAUCCUCCAUCGGAGAGUGGCCAUGGCAGGCAGCCCUUUACGACGUCAAAGUGGGGGACGUCAUUUGUGGAGGGGCUCUCAUUGAAGAGGAGUGGGUGCUGACUGCAGCUCAUUGUGUCGUCAUCGCCGGUUCCGAGAGAGCCCGGGACCGAAAAGAGUUAUUGGUGUACCUUGGGAAAUAUAAUCGAUCGAACAGUAUGGACGAUGAAUACGUGCAAAAGAGACAAGUGUCAGAGAUAUUCCUGCAUGAUGAGUUCAACGCGCGAAACUUCGACUCUGAUAUUGCCCUGAUGAAGCUGACCGAGCCUCUGGAGCUGACUCCGCGAAUUCAGUUGAUAUGUCUCCCGAAAAAAGAUUCUGACCUCAAUCUUGAGAGUGGAAAGACUGGAUGGGUGGCCGGCUGGGGACAAGACGUGUCGAAUCAUCAAGUGGAUGUCCUAACGAAGGCACAAAUCCCAGUCCUAUCCAAUAAGGAAUGUCGACGGGACACUAUUCGUAUCGAAGGAAUACCCAUCAUUGCGGAUACUCUCAACUCCAAUAUGUUCUGUGCUGGUCAUGAUAAGGACACUCCCCUUGAAGAUUACAAAUCAGUGUGCCCCGGGGACUCAGGGAGUCCAUUGGUGUUCCCUUCCCAAAGCGGGCAAGACGGCUAUUGGAUGGUGGAAGGGAUAGUGAGCCACUUUUUUAACAAAGAGUCUUGCUCCAUGAGGCGCCCCGGACAGUAUGGAGUCUUCACUAGAGUGAAUAGGUGA